AUGGAUUGGCUAGGAGUUGGAUACUUAGUCACAGUUGGCGGUUCUGAGGAGCCAAGUGGGCGGUUUAACCUCUUCGGAGGGGUUGAUAUCCCCACAUGGAAGUCCACAGCUCGUGGUUUCCGUCAAUUCCCGGGAUUCACAAUUCAUGUCCCACAAGCUCGGUUCCUUCCGCCCGACGGUUACAGGAAAUGGAACAUUGGGGGAAAUACCCGAAAGGCCGGCUUUCAGCAGCGGCUAGCAGCGGGCCUCAAGUGGUUAACGGCGGGGCCGGGAAGUGCCCGUACUGUCGAGACUUGCCCAUCAGCGUGUGAACCGGACGCGGCUACCGGCGUCGCCGUAUGGGGCAUGCACCAUAUCCACAAUCUCAGCGCCACUGACCGUCUUCGGAGCCGCCAACCGAUCCCGACACCGGUUCCGGCCUAUCUUCCAACAGCGGAAUCACCUCUAACAGUCGACACGGCUCUCUACUCCUCGGCACAACAAGCACCGCGUGUAUUGCUUGAGGAAUUCACUCUCCCGAUCCGCUCCGGCCGCGCUUGGAAAGCGCCCGCUGGAAGCAUCGUCCGGAUCAGCACCCCCGAGGGCUCCCAGGUGGGCGACCUUAAUAUUUGGAAUGCUCAUAAUCCUCGCGAACGUUUUUGGGCCUCGCGAACCCGGCAGCUACAUGCGACACACGUGUCGACCUACGACAGACUAUGGUCCUGUCUGCCAUACAUGCGGCCCUUGGUAACCAUCAUCUCGGACAGCUUGGCGUGGUACGGGGAGGAUGAGCACGGCGGCCGCGUCCACGACCUCCUUGGAACCCGUUGCGAUCCGUAUAUCAACACGGUUUUGAGUGGCGGAGAGUAUGAUUUCCAUUGCCACUCCAACCUAACCCGUGCGAUUUUGCCCUUUGGGCUAGCCGAAUCCGAUGUCCACGAUGUCAUAAACAUCUUUCAGGUGACAGGACUGGAUGCGGAAGGGAGGUACUUUAUGAAUCCGUGCCCGGCAGCGGGUGGGGAUCACCUGGAGUUUCUCGCAGAACAAGAUAUCCUGAUGGCUCUGAGCACUUGCCCCGGAGGGGAUUUAUCACUAUGGGGUUUUGGUGCUGAUAGCGAGAAGGAGAUGAUAAAAUGCUGCCGCCCGCUCAAAGUCGAGGUAUUUCGUCUAGCUGAUGAAGACUUCCUACACGAAGCCGGUUGGCAGCCGGCUGAGCCUUCCAAGUACGGGGGGAAACAUGGGAUGGCUGUCCCGGAAGGAGAACAGGGACGGGCAGGAGUGUGA